AUGACCUCGACACGCCCCUCCUCCACGUUUUCACGGUCGCCCUCGAUUGUUGCCGAGCGCCGUAACCUGCGCAGACUAUCUGGCCGUUCUCUAUCCUCUCUAGUCGACCCCGAACCUACCUCCGACGCUCAAGACGCCCAGGCCCCCGCGAUCACCGAUGAGAUUAGCGAGAUCAAGCGCUAUGAAGACUUCACAACCAUUGACUGGGUCCAAGAUGCGGUCAAUGAACAGAAUGCUCGACGGGCCAAGCGGCGGAGCGGCGGCGGGUUCUGGGAUCAAGAAGGUGUCUUUGGCUGGCGACGCAAAGUGCGCGAGUCUUAUGAUGCUGGGCAGGCCUGGCUUGUGGUGACACUUGUCGGCAUGGCCAUUGGUCUGAAUUCGGCUCUCUUAAACAUUAUUACCGAGUGGUUGUCGGAUAUCAAGUUGGGACAUUGCACAACGGCAUUCUACCUGAACGAACAGUUCUGCUGUUGGGGUGCUGAAGGUGGAUGUCCCGAAUGGAAGCAUUGGACUUCAUUUUGGUUGAUCAACUACAUUGUUUAUUUCUUUUUCGCGGUUUUACUCGCAUUCGUUGCUGCGAUUCUCGUCAAAACAUUUGCUCCAUAUGCUGCAGGAUCCGGCAUCUCCGAGAUCAAAUGCAUCAUUGCUGGUUUUGUUAUGAAGGGCUUCUUGGGAGCUUGGACACUCCUCAUCAAGUCGAUUGCAUUGCCCCUGGCUAUUGCAUCUGGCCUCUCCGUGGGUAAGGAAGGGCCUAGCGUUCAUUUUGCGGUGUGUACAGGAAACGUGAUAUCCCGCUUCUUCGGUAAAUACAAGCAGAACGCGUCAAAGACGAGAGAAAUCUUGACUGCAUCAGCUGCCGCUGGUGUGGCUGUGGCUUUUGGUAGCCCUAUUGGAGGUGUGCUGUUUUCAUUAGAGGAAAUGGCCAAUUACUUCCCACUCAAGACUCUCUGGCGCAGUUACUUCUGUGCCUUGGUGGCAACCAGUGUUCUGGCGGCCUUGAAUCCAUUUAGAACUGGGCAAUUGGUCAUGUUCCAAGUUGAAUAUGAUCGUACCUGGCACUUUUUCGAGCUGAUUUUCUUCGUUUUCCUUGGUGUCUUUGGUGGUCUAUAUGGUGCAUUCGUGAUCAAGUGGAACCUGCGAGUAGCAGCUUUCCGCAAGAAGUACCUUUCCCAGUGGCCCAUUACAGAGUCGGUGGUUCUCGCUGCUCUCACAGCCAUCCUGUGUUAUCCGAACAUGUUCUUGAAGAUCAAUAUGACGGAGAUGAUGGAGAUCUUGUUCCGCGAGUGUGAAGGCGGACACGAUUAUAAUGGAGUCUGCCAAACUAAAAACCGUUGGUCGACUGUCCUGUCGUUAGCUAUUGCUACGAUUCUGCGCACUGGACUGGUGAUCAUUUCCUAUGGCUGCAAAGUCCCGGCUGGUAUUUUCGUACCAUCCAUGGCUAUUGGGGCAUCAUUCGGACGCAUGGUUGGAAUCAUGGUGCAGGCACUUCAUGAAUCCUUCCCCAACUCUGCCUUUUUCGCCUCGUGCGAUCCGGAUGUGCCUUGCAUCACACCUGGUACAUACGCCUUCCUGGGUGCCGGUGCAGCGCUAAGUGGAAUCAUGCACCUCACCAUCUCAGUGACGGUCAUUAUGUUCGAGUUGACGGGUGCCCUGACCUAUAUUUUGCCGACCAUGAUUGUGGUCGGUGUAACCAAAGCUGUUGGAGACCGAUUCGGGAACGGUGGUAUCGCCGAUCGAAUGAUCUGGUUCAACGGUUUCCCAUUCCUGGACAACAAGGAAGACCAUGUUUUCAAUGUCCCCGUGUCGCAUGCAAUGACGACAGACCCACUCACCCUACCGGCAUCUGACUUCCCCGUGCGUGAGGCGGAGCACCUUCUGAGCGACAACAAGUUCCAAGGCUUCCCAAUUGUGGAAGACCGCAGCACCAAGACACUAGUUGGUUAUAUCGGACGUACCGAACUACGGUAUGCUAUCGACCGUGCCCGCAGCCAGGGUCUGGUGUCACCCCGAGCACGCUGUGUAUUCACCCAAGAAGCUGCCGAGGCAACUAUCGUACAACGCGCAUCUAGUUCACAGCAUCUGCGAGCUCCGGACACGUUUGACGGAAUCCAGGCUAGUGUAGGCGCCGGCGUUGUUGAUUUCUCGCGGUACGUGGACCACACACCGUUGACUGUGCACCCACGUCUUCCUCUCGAGACAGUCAUGGAAAUCUUCAAGAAGAUGGGUCCUCGAGUUAUUCUCGUUGAGCACCGUGGCCGUCUGACGGGUCUGGUUACCGUCAAGGACUGCUUGAAGUACCAGUUCAAGGUGGAAGCCGAAGAGCAUGCACUGGCAGCCACGAGCGCGUCCGAGUUUGGUUCCGCUCCGCUAGGCGGCCACUUGAGUACUCCUGCCCCGGAGACGUUGGAAGACCGGCUAUGGCGGCUUAUUCUCACGAUUGCUGGAUUCGUUAGUGGGUCGAUCAGGACUCAUCGACCAGUGCGUCUGCAGGACCGGACUCGUCCCUCGGACUCCGAGGGUAUCUUGGAUGGCACUGAGGAUGAUGCGUUUGUGGAAUUGGAGGAGAGAGAAGAUCGGCCUCGGGGUCGUUAG